AUGAGCUCCAACGGCAGCACGAGCAACAGCACCACCGGGAUCAACAGCAACGGCUCGGCCGGCAGCCGCAUAGACUACGGCAGCACGAGCUACAGCCAGGUGAUGGUGGACGUCAAGAACGCCUUCGGGCGCGGGGACGCCGAGCAGUCGCGCCUGCUGCACCAGCUCAAGAUGGAGAUGGGCAGCCACACGCACGCGCAGGAGAACCACAUGACGGGCGGCGAGCACAUCAAGAGCGCCGUGUACGGCGGCCUGGACGGCAUCAUCACGACCUUCGCGACCGUCACGUCCGUGGCCGGCUCGGGCCUGCCGCACUCGGUCAUCCUCAUCAUCGGCCUGGCCCACCUGGUGGCCGACGGGCUCAGCAUGGGGCUCGGAGACAUGCUCAGCAGCCAGGCCGAGGCCGACCUGGCCAACCACGAGCGCUCGCGCGAGCUCUGGGAGUUCGAGAACUACCCCGAGGGCGAGAUCGAGGAGAUGGUGGAGCUCUACGAGAAGAAGGGCAUCUCCACGGACGACGCGCUGCUCGUGGUGCACACGCUGGCCAAGUACAAGGAGGCCUUCAUCGACAUCAUGAUGGUCGAGGAGCUCAACCUCAUGCCCGUGGACGAGGACGACUCGCCGCUCAUGGGCGGCGUCAUCACCUUCGUCUCCUUCAUGCUCUUCGGCGUCAUCCCGCUGCUCUCGUACCUCGUGAACCUCAUCCCGGGCAUCGACAUGAGCCCGGAGACGACGUUGUACCUGUCGUGCUUCCUCACGGUCGUCACGCUCUUCCUGCUGGGCGCGGUUAAGGGCAAGUUCGUCGGCCAGAAGAUGUGGAAGUCGGGCGGCUCCAUGGCGAUUAACGGCACAAUUGCCGCGGCCUGCGGAUGGAUUAUCGGCUACUUGCUGCAGCUCACAGGCAUCCAGAACAUCGGAUAA